AAUACCCAGGCUGACGUCAUGCUGUCGGGCUGUGGAGACGAGCUGCUCGGUGAAGUGGAGCCACGACAUCCCGCCCUGAGACCCGGCUCGCCGACAUAAACACCAACUCUAUUCCCUCAUAUUGGGAUUGUGCGGGGGGGUGGGGAAGGCCUUGUCCUCCACCUUGAUCAGGCCGGACACCCCACACACCUCCCACUAUCCCCAGCCAUGGACAAACCAGCCGCCAUGACGACACCAGGCAAGGUCAGCGGACUCAAGCCGCCCAGUAAAAUAGUCCGUCCAUCAGGGGUGCCAACAAGGACGUCCCCGUCCUCAGGUACUCCAAAGCCAGUUCCUCCUGAGAAGUCCCCUGGUGGUGUUACCUCCCCAACUCCAGAUGGAUGUGGCGACUUCCAGUUAGGGGAGAGGGUCUGGGUCAAUGGCAACAAGCCCGGCUCUGUGCAGUUUAUAGGGGGCACACAGUUCGCUCCUGGGCAGUGGGCGGGAAUCGUGCUAGAGGAGCCAAUUGGGAAGAACGACGGGUCGGUAACAGGGGUCCGGUACUUCGAGUGUGAGGAUGGGAGGGGGAUCUUCACGCGGCCUUCAAAGCUAUCCAGGACUGCCCUGCCAGAGAAGGAGGAAAACGGGGGCCAGGCCAGCCCAGCACAAGCAGCCUCUGCAACAAGCCAGCCUGCACCUGUUGGCUCUACCUCAACCGUUCAGGGCACUGGCAUAAAGACAAGUGGGUUGCUCAACCGAAUGCUCACGUCCAGCGAGUCGGUGUCAAACCUCUCAGACCCAGACUCCAUGAAGAAGAACAGUAGGGAGCUGAGGCUGGUCGACCGUGUGCUGGUGGGUGGUAGCAAGGCAGGAGUUGUGCGGUUUCUGGGAGAGACAGACUUUGCCAAGGGAUACUGGUGUGGAGUCGAACUAGAUGAACCACUUGGCAAGAAUGAUGGAGCUGUAGCAGGGACCAGGUACUUUCAGUGCAUGCCGAGGUUUGGCUUGUUUGCCCCGGUCCACAAGGUGACGCGUAUUGGCUUCCCUUGCACAACACCUACCAAGGCGAAGAGCUCACGGAGGAGGUCCGGCCUUCUGAAGAGGAGUCCAAGUGCCUCCUCCAUCAGCUCGCUCAGCUCCGCCACCUCCUCAAUCAGCGGCAAACCCAGCCGAGCAGGACUGCUGACGGAGACAUCUGCGCGGUAUGCUCGGAAGAUCUCUGGCACCACAGCCCUGCAGGAGGCGCUGAAGGAGAAGCAGCAGCACAUUGAACAGCUGCUGGCGGAGAGAGACCUGGAGAGAUGUGAAAUUGCAAAAGUGACCAGCCACGCAGGAGAGGUGCAGCAGGAGCUGACUAUGCUGAUGAAAGGAAGGGAUCAGUAUACCAUGGAGAUGGAGGCAAAGCUGGAUCAGCUGCGUUCGUUGGUGGAAGCCGCAGAUCGAGACAAAGUGGAGCUGCUCAACCAGCUGGAGGAGGAGAAAAGAAAAGUGGAGGAUCUGCAGUUUCGUGUGGAAGAGGUUUGCAUUACCAAAGGAGACCUGGAGACGCAGACCAGGCUGGAGCAUGCCCACAUAAAGGAGCUUGAGCAGAGCCUGCUCUUUGAAAAGACCAAAGCUGAAAAACUCCAGAGGGAUUUAGAGGACACUAGGGUGGCCACUGUGUCUGAGCGCUCCAGGAUCAUGGAGCUGGAGAGGGAGGUGGCAGAUCUCCAGCUCCGGCUCCGGGCGUCCCAGCAGAAGGAGGAUGCUGUGUCUCUGUCCCAGCAACAGAUUAGCAGCCUCAAGGCCCAGGCACAGUCUCAAGAGAAAAGGAUCAGUGAGCUGAGCGUGGACCUGGAGAGCCAACAGAAAGAGCUUCAGUCUGUGCAGCAGGAUAAGAGUUCUCUGGAACAGCAGCUGAGCAGCCUGAGACAAACGCUUGAGAUAGCUGAGGAGGAAAACAGGAGGACAGCAAAGACCAUGCAAGAAUUGGAGAAGAGUGUGGAGCAGUCGAAGAAAGGUUCUCAGACCCUGAAAGAGGAGAGCAAGUGUAGAGAGAAGGAGCUGAAGGUCCGGCUGACAAAGGCCACUGAGAGGUCAGAGGAGACGGCUCUGUCGCUUGAUCAUCUGACUAAUGAGAAUAAGAUGCUGGAGACAGAGCUUGAAGCUUUGAAACAGCAGAACUCCAACUACCAGGAGGAGCUCAGUCUGUCGAAGGAGCGGAGCAGCUCAGAAAACCAGCGUAUCGGAGUCCUCUGCAAGGAAAUCGUGGAGCUGAAGCUGGCCUCCCAGAAGUCUCUUGACGAGUACAACGAGGAUCGCAACCAUCAACAACCGGACAUGAAGAGCAGAGAAACCAACUCAAAUCGGGAACUGGAGGAGGAAGUCAAAUUCCAGAAGUCAACCGGAGCCUUAACCUCAGACAAAGAUCGGGAACUGGAAACUCUGAGGAAUGAGAUCGCAGUUCUUCGAGGUGAAAACGCCACGGCCAAGACCCUUCAGUCGGCCGUGGAGACGUUGGAGAGAGACAAAGCUCAGCUGCAGAGUCGUGUUUGCCGUCUAGAGCAAAGGCUCAUGGGAACGCAGACCCCUGAGGGAGAAGACAGCGAGGCACCACUAUCGGGCGAUGCGGCUCUCGAGCAGCUGAGGGAAGAGAAGGAGUUCGCUGAGGGACAGAUCAACUUCCUGAACAGUGUGAUCGUGGACCUGCAGCGGAAGAACGAGGAGCUGAAGAUCAAACUGAAGAAGCUCGCGCUGGCUGAGUUCAAUGGCAACGAAGAGACUGAUGGUUUUGAUGAAGCUAUAUCGAAGCGGGAGAAGAAGGCCUCCCUCCGUCUGUUCUGCGACAUCUGCGACUGCUUUGACCUCCACGACACAGAGGACUGUCCCACUCAGGCCCAGAGCCCCGACUCCGUCCCUCACAGCACCUUCCACGGGAACCCGGCCAACGAAAGGCCCUACUGUGACAUCUGUGAGGCCUUCGGACACAGCACAGCGUCCUGCAACGAUGACCAGACCUUCUAGAGGCUCCAAAAAACUCUCCCUGCAUUUCAAUUCCUUCCCUUUCCUCUUUCAUGCACAUCUCACCUCUUACUCUCCUGCUACAUUUCCUUCAGUCCAGCCCAACAUGCCUGCAGAUUCUUCCAUAUUGUAUUUUUAUACUCUAUAUAAGCAUAUCACUGGUAGCCACAGUUCUGACCCAAAUCCUUUAGCCCGCAGCUCUUUUCUCAGAGGAGAACCGGUUCUGUAACGCAGAAUGUCCGUCCAAAUACGCUGCUUUAGUGCAAUAUUGAUGUUUAGAACAAAAGGAAUCCGUCCUCUGCACUUGUUUUUAACGUGUUGUUUUGGAGUCAAGGUUGUUUUCAAAAAUGAGCAUUAGUCACAUUCAAUGUGUUUUGGGCUUUAUUAGCAAACAUGUGAUGCGACAAAAAGUGAAGCACAGUCAAAAAUGAAGGGAAAAUGAAAUUCCUCUCGUACUUUACAUUCCUGUCCUCUGUAUCACACUCCUCAGUCUGUACGCCUGUCAACCAAUCAGAUACUGAUACAGAGAUACUGCCACGACUAACAUUUUACUGAUGUUUUAUGCUUAAUAACAUUUUACAAAGCCACUUUGUCAGUUUAUAUCUUACAAUAGAGUGUUAGGGCCACUUUUAAAGAAGACGUUAUGCUCGUGUUCAGGCUCAUUAUUUUAAUAAUUAUUAUUUUACAAGUAGUAUUACUGAAAACGGUUUACAUGCUCUUUUGUGAUUGGUUAACCGCUUCCAGCACAUAUAGGAAAUGUCAGCCUCUGCUCUCGCUUAAUCAGAAAAGAGUGAAUAUCUUGAGACCAAAAGAAAAUCAUUUUAAUAUUUCAAUCAAAAGUUUUAUUUUUGAAGGAUGUUUAUGGCAUAUUCUUGAUAUAUAACAACUUUAUUUUCUAAACCUUAUGGUUAUUUUUUUGGUUUACUUUAUUUUGAAAAUAUUGCAACUUAAUUUUUUGAAAUAUUUUGAUUUUAGUCUCAUAAUAUUACUACAUAUUAAUAUUUGAAAGGUUGUCAAAUUAUUACAACAUUACUGGUGAGAUAUUACAUAACACUUUAUUCUCAUAAUAGCACAGCAUGUAUUUUUGCAACAUUCGCCUACAUAAUUACUUCAUGCUCUAUAUAUAUUAUACCUUUUUUUUUUACUGUUGUCUCCUUAAAUAUCCCAAUUUCACACUUAAAUUUUCAGCUUUAAUCUUUAAAUUUUACAACUUCACUCUCAAAUUCUUAUGACUUUAUUCUCUAAAUAUUCAGACUUUUCUAGUGGCCCUAGUACUCCGUCUAAAUGUUAACACUUUGUAAAAAGUUCCUUCUUGACCUUGAAAAUCCUAGUUUCCAUGGUAACUAGUUCUUUACAGAGCUUUCAACUCUUUCUUGAAGUUUAUUCCCAGGAACUUUAACAGUUUACACAACGUGUGGAGCGUUAACGCCAUCUAUCGAUGAGGACUGAGAUGCAAAUGAAGGUUUCAGAAACAGCUGGCAGGUGGAUGUUGAGUCAAAGAGUCACCCAGUUGAUCUUAAACAUGAAGGACAGGUUGAUCUGGUUACUUGCUUACUUCUCUUGGAUGGAGUGGCUCUGCAACGUUUGAAAUUGCAGAGAUCCCUUUUAGGACUCUUCUCGUCUCGUUUGCUUUAAAUUUAGAUUUGAGAAUUCCAUGACAUCUGGGCAACUUGACUGAAAACUCCAGAAAAGCUUCUCAAUUAUCCUUGAGGUAUAAUUAUUUUUAAUUUGAGUCUGCUGUUGGAUCCAAGGUCACGAGUGAACUUUCUAUUUUAACAUUGUUGUGUAUUUACCUUUCAAUAGGUCGGCAUAUAUGCGUUAAUAUCACUCAGUAAUAUCACGGAACGUUACUGAGGACCUGUUGUAGCUCUUGAUGAUGUUGAUACGUUUUGUUAUUUAUUGUCUAAUCUUUCACUAACCAGUGAUAUACCGACAGGGAAAUAAGCUAGCACUGAUUUAAAGUGUUUAUAAUCUGUAGUAGGACUACUGUAGUGUAGGUGGGCGUCUGCCGCAUGUUACAGGAACUCACCCAGAUGAAACUAUAGCAGCCUCGACUUGCUUAGAUUUGCACUGUCCACUUUAACGAUUCAGCAGAGACAUACGUUAAUGUUCCGAUUCUAACGUUAUAUAAAAGUUAUUUUAUCUUAAAAGUCCGUUCAGAUAAUUCAGUAAUGUCCCAUUUCAUGCUGCCCUCUUUAAAGAUACAGUUUGACAUUUUGGGGAAAUUCUCUUCUUUGCUUUUCCAUGUUGCAAGAAAAGAUUGACACCACUUUCACGUGUGUAUGAUACAUGCAAACCUAUAGCUAUAACAAAGCCUGAAAACAGGACAAACAGCUUUAGCCUGUGAAGUUUUUGUUUAAAAUUAGCUGCUGCUAACAUAACACACCUCACCUGAACCAAACUGGCUGACAAGUUGCACUGUGGGUAAUGCAGCCACCAGGUUUUGACCAGAGAGAAGAAUGUGGAGAAGGAAGAAAAGACGAUAUCUCCUGUUCUGCUACAUUGAUUUUGAUCAUUUUUGUAUUUAACUGACCACCUUCAGUCCAACAAUGCUCUGUAUCUAACUUACGUGAGCAGUCUUUUAACCCACAGACACUUUCCUCAUGUGCCAGGAAGCGAAUUGGCCUAUUUCCCAAAAUGUCAAACUAUUCCUUUAAAUGUAUCCAGUAUAAAAACAUGUAUUUUGACGUAUCUCGUUCUUAAGCACAAUGUUGGAUCAUAUUGAAUCUUCCAGUGUAACAGUGUAUAAUACAUGACUAACCAUUGACACUAGUCUUUGUAAAUACCAGUCAGACGCUUCUGAUAAAUGUGUACACAGUGCCAUGGAACAAACAAUAGCUUUUAUGUGUACGGCAAUUUAUUUUUUCUGCCCUGUUGAUAAGAUCGACGUUGUAUAUGGAGGUUUCCACUCCAGAGGAAAAACCAAGCCCCUUUGUAUAGACUUUAAAAACAUGAUGUACUUUGUAAGUGAUAUGUCUAAUUAUUAGUGUCAUGUUUUAUAUAUGUAACAUUUUCAGGCACCAUCUAUAAAUGGUUUCCAAAUGUUCAGACCAUUUGACUGACGUUGGUGUGGUGUAAGAUGUCCUGUUUUCUAUGUACUGUAUACUCCUGAACAGUCCAAUAGAAAUACUAAGAACAAAA